GCGUGGGGGGCGGAGCCGAAGGGAGGCCGAAUACUCCUGGGAGGGGUGGCUGUCUUUGUGAGCGCGCUUUGCUUUCCAGUGACUCUGUUGACGUCUGGCCUGGCUUCAGUUCCCUGGUUCUGUGAGAGACGAACAUGGAGGUAGAUUUGUCCACCUUCAAUAUUGAUACUCCCCGAUGGGACCAGAGUACCUUCAUGGGUCGACUGAAGCAUUUCUUCAAUAUCACGGACCCUCGUACGGCUCUUGUUUCAGAGGGGACAUUGGACUGGGCCAAAAUUAUGGUUGAAAGUAGCCGGCAUGGUGCCGUACCGCCAGGCACCAGCCAGGACCAGCUGCUGUAUGCCAAGAAGCUAUACGACUCAGCCUUCCACCCUGACACUGGGGAAAAGAUGAACAUGAUUGGGCGGAUGUCAUUCCAGGUGCCAGGAGGCAUGGCUAUCACAGGCUGUAUGCUCCAGUUCUAUAGAACUGUGCCUGCAGUGGUUUUCUGGCAGUGGGUGAAUCAGUCCUUCAAUGCAUUGGUCAACUAUACCAACCGGAAUGCAGCCAGCCCUAUAUCAGUCAGGCAGAUAGCUGUAUCCUACUUCUCAGCAACCACCACAGCCCUGGCCACUGCCCUGGGGCUUAACAUGUACACCAAGAAAGCCCCACCGUUGCUGGCCCGAUGGGUACCCUUUGCUGCCGUUGCUGCUGCUAACUGUGUGAACAUCCCUAUGAUGAGGCAGCAGGAGCUCAUCCAUGGCAUCAGUGUGACUGACAGGAACUCUCAGGAGUUGGGUCGAUCACGGAAAGCUGCAGUCAUUGGCAUCUCCCAGGUGGUCAUUUCCCGAAUCACCAUGGCAGCUCCUGGGAUGAUCUUGCUCCCAAUCCUCAUGGAAAGGCUGGAGAAGUUGGCCUUCAUGAAGAAAAUUCAGUUUCUGCACGCCCCACUGCAGGUGAUGCUAGCGGGGGGCUUUCUGGUCUUCAUGGUACCUGUGGCCUGUUCCAUCUUUCCACAGAGAUGUGAGAUGGCAGUUUCACGUCUGGAACCUGAGCUCCAAGACUCCCUCAAAGCUAAGCAUGGAGACCUCAUAUCUUUCGUCUACUUCAAUAAGGGACUCUGAAGUAUCUCCUUUUCAUCUCCUGGCUACUGCAGCCUCUCAGAACUUCCUUCCUCCCCUCCCACUUCCCAAAGAAGCAUAAAAGUCAGGCUGAAUUGGAGGGUGGACUAGAUUCCAUCUAUGCUCAAGCCCUGCUCUUCCCACUGCAGGUUGCUAAGCCUGUAGGGGAGAGAGCAUGGAAUAGUGACAGGACAGAAGCCAAAAUCUGAGUGACCAACUAUGAGGGCUUUGUUCCCCCAGACCCUACUCCAAUCUUUUUUACGGCCUCCCUGUCACUCUGGGACAUUAUCAGCCUGUACACCUAGGGUCUCUGGUCCCUUAUGGAGAAAGGAUCUUCCAAGGUGUGGGUAAAGGGAAUUAAGGGAGUUCCCCAAGGUUGUUUUCAAGAGAAUGGGGGCUAGUACUUUGGAAUUCCAGGUUAUACUCUGGAUCAGAGAGAUUUACUUGACCAAGAGGGGCAGCAGAGAAAUCUCCAAGGCAACCCUUCCUAGUUCUAACUACAGAUAUGCUGAAAAACUUAUGGGUGCCUUUUUCCCAUGUCUGACACUUAGUAGCAAUGUGACCCUAGGAGAGUCAUUUAACUUCUUUUGGUGUCAGUUUCCUAUCAUAAAAAUACCCAAAGUAUCUACCUCACUGGGUUGGGAGGAUCAAUCGAGAAGGUUUAUUGCUUUGAAAACUUAAAGCAUUCCAUCAAUGUCAGAUUAGUAUUACUUUUUCCAUUCCUACUUCGAUGGCCACUUUGUCUUAAAUCUGCAAGGGCUGGUCUAACAAUCCCGUGCAGAUCGCUGGCUGCCAAAUCCUAGCUUGCUGAAAUCCCCUGGGAAUGCAGGUGCUGAGGCUGGACUUCCCAUGGCUGGGGGUUUAUAGGUAGUGCCUGUGACCAUUGACUGGUCACUAGGCAGGCUGGUUGUUUAAGCUGUAGCUGUGAGCAAUCUCUUGGGUGUUUUUUUGCUGUUUUUAGGUGGAAACUCACCUGAUCACAAUUUUUUUAGUCAAAUUUAUCACCUGUGAAUGAAAGCGCCUCCCAAGAGCCAGUGUAGUUGGGUAGAUCUCGACUGAAACUUCUGGGCAGGAGUAGGUUGAGGUGCCAUUUCCUAGUCCUGUCCCUCCCUGGCCUUUGCCAGAGUAGGAAAGGGAAGAAUGAUUCUGAUGCAAACAAAAAAGACCCUUCACUCAAGUGCCAGUCCUCUUUCAGCCUUCCCUACCCUAGUGUCCCCACAGAGGCUGAGCUGCCUUGUUGGAUUUGGGGGGUCAUUUCUUAGUCCUCUGGGGCUAACACUGACAAGGAUUUUGUCUCAUUUUCUGUUUCUUGAGAGGAUCUUACUGUGAAUUGCAUAAAUCUUUUUUAAAAUCUCUUCAAUAAAAGGCUUAAACAUC